GAGUGGAAACAGGAUUAUAGCAUUCCUUGGAUAUAACCUACACUGAACCAUUGGCUAUAAAACCAUUACGACUAAAAUUCGUGCGGUGGUCCGCGUAUACCAGGUGUAAGGUCAUUAUGACGAAUAUUUAUAUUCGUCGUUCGCAGUUCGUAUGCAUAUAAAACUCUUUCAUUAAAACUCAAUGACAUAAAGGAUGACAGUCUGGUAGUAAAAUAAUGGAUUUACUGGUUAUAAUAAGGGAAUGAGUGGCGACUUUUAGAUGCUACGGCCUUUAAUAUGUCAAUGUCAUGGUCCGAAUGGGGGUUGUAUGCAGCACUCACUAUCUCAGGAUUUAUCGGAUUUUUGAUACUGCAUUUUAUCGUCAAAGUUAUUAAUGACGCCAGACUUGAAGCCAGGUAUAUGAGGAUCCACCAAAAAGCUUCAACAAAUCAAGGAACUCAAGUGCAUUGUCCUCUAGCAGAAAUAACUGCGAGGGCCCCAAGAAUUCCUCUCGAAAACAUGCUAGAAAGGCAAAUCACUACACCGAACAAAAUAUCAUUAGUGUUCAACAAACAACAUAACUUGCAAGAGAAUAAAAAAUUGGACGACAUCAUUGAUUCAGGCAGUGAAACUACUUCAAUGAAAGUCAUAAGUAGUACGUCGUUUGGUACAAAAAGCUGUGAAUCAAUUGUAAAACCUAGUUUACUUGGUAAUAUUUAUAAUAAAAACAAUUCAGAUACAAGUGAUGUUAUAGAAGUCACUCCUAAUAAAGAAGAAGGCAUAGGUAAUGAAUCCGUGAAGAAAGAUGAAACUGAAUACAAAACAGUUAUGAAUUUAACUAAUCAAAAUAAUUAUCAGGAUUUAAAAGAAUGGAUAGUUGGUAUAGUCAAGAAAAUACCAAGUGAUGAUAAAAAGUGAUAUUUUACUGUUCCUGUUUGUUAUGAAUUUUAACAAAUGGCUAGAAUACCCUGUGCUGCUCUUUUUAUUUCAAUACAAGAAAUAAAAUGUGUUGAAUUGAAUAAAUUAAUAUUUUUCAAA